AUGGACAACCAACGUGCCCCAAACAAGCUUGUCCUCGGGCUUUACACCGACUUCGACCCGACGAAACUCGACACCUUCGGCACUAUUCAGUACAAGAAGAUCACUAGAGCCUCUGUUAUCGCCCGUCGAGAUGAAGGUCCGGAGGUCAACGCUCUUCUGUCCUUCCUCAACAAGAUCUCGCAUGGACUCAGGACGUUCUCUUAUACCGAGUUUGAGAGUAUCGAGGCGAAGCAGAAAAAGGAUAAUGAAACGGAGGCCAGUCUCUUCACCGCGCAGACUUUGGCGAAGUAUGCUGUCACCCACUUCCCGGCGGCUUGA